AUGAUGCACGCCAAGUCGGAGUCGGACAUGACGAGCCUGCCGGCGUCGUCGCCGCCGCGGUCGCCGAAGCGGGGCGGCGGCGGCGCCGCCGCCGCGGGCAACGGCGGGUACUACGUGCAGAGCCCGUCGCGGGAGUCGCACGACGGCGGCUACAAGUCGUCGUCGAUGCAGGCCACGCCGGUCUACAACAGCCCCAACGAGUCGCCGUCGCACCCCUCCUACGGCCGCCACUCCCGCUCCUCCUCCGUCAGCCGCUUCUCCGGCAACCUCCGCAAGGGCGGCGCCGGCGGCGGGGACCACAAGGUGCUCAACGACAAGGGGUGGCCCGAGUGCAACGUCAUCGAGGAGGAAGGGCCGUACGAGGACCUCGCCGGGGACAGCGGGCUCUCCCGCCGAUGCCAGAUCAUACUCGGGUUCCUCACCUUCGUCCUCCUCUUCACCACCUUCUGCCUCAUCAUCUGGGGCGCCGCCCGGCCGUACGAGCCCGAGGUCGUCGUUAAGAGCUUGGUGAUGGACGACUUCUAUGCUGGUGAAGGCACAGACCACAGCGGUGUUCCAACCAAAUUGGUCACAACAAACUGUUCUCUGCACAUAGCUGUGUACAACCCUGCCACAAUGUUUGGAAUUCAUGUCACUUCUGGCCCCAUCCAUCUGAUCUAUUCACAGAUCUCAAUAGCAGUCGGUCAGGUUCGCAGGUACUACCAACCAAGGAAGAGCCACCGGAUGGUGACGGCAGUUAUCCACGGCGAGAAGGUGCCCCUGUACGGCGCCGGGGGCAGUCUGAUGCUGUCGACGAGCACGGGCGGGAGGGUGCCCCUGACGCUGGACUUCGACCUGACCUCCCGGGGCUACGUGAUCGGCAAGCUCGUGCGGGUGACGCACAAGGUGCACGUGACGUGCCCCGUCGUCGUCGACGCCAAGAAGACCAAGCCUGUCAGGUUCUCCAAGAAGGCCUGCGCCGUGUACAAGGCCUGA